CUGCCAAUGGAAGGGAGUGAAAAUUCCAUUGAAAUUGAGUAGGAGCGAAAAAAAGCGCAGCGCAGGAGAGAAAUUACGACGUCUGCAGGUGCAGCAGCGAACCGAAAAUAUUAACUAAUAUUAGUUAAUAUCGUUACUAAACAAUUAAAGACAUUAUUUUAUUUUAAAUUUGAACUUUCCUUUGCCAAAGGAAAGUGUGCGAUUGUGCCACUGUGUUUGUGUUUGUGUGCUAGUGGAAGCUCGGAGAGCGAGAGAGCGCGACCGCGAGAGCGAGCGAGAGAGAGAAAGGGAGUCUGAUUCCGAUUCCCGAUUAUCCCAGAAAAUCCGUAAAAAAAAAACAGAGCCAUGUCUUCGAACAACCAGGCCAGGACCACAGAAGCCACCGCCACAGAUGCCAACAGCUCCACGCCAGCUGCCGCCAACACCAACGCCACCACGGCCAAUAGCUCCUCCACCACCACCACCACCAACAACAACAACACCAACAACAAUGGCACCACACAAAACCAGAACUCCAGCAACAACAUGAGCAGUCCCACGGCGACGGGCAAGCCCCACGGCGGCCACACGGCCGUCAAUACCAAGGAGCGCGUGGUGGACUCCGUGCCCUUCCCGCCCAGCCACAAGCUGACGCUCGCCGAGGUCUUUGACUCGCGAACCGGGAAGCCCAACCACGAGCUGCUCAAGCAACACUUCAUCCUGGAGGGCAGGAUCGAGGAGGCGCCCGCCCUGAAGAUAAUCCAGGAGGGUGCGGCCCUGCUGCGCCAGGAGAAGACCAUGAUCGACAUUGAGGCGCCGGUGACGGUGUGCGGCGACAUCCACGGCCAAUUCUACGACCUGAUGAAGCUGUUCGAGGUGGGCGGCUCGCCCGCCACCACCAAGUAUCUCUUCCUCGGCGACUACGUGGACCGGGGAUACUUCAGCAUCGAGUGCGUGCUGUAUCUGUGGUCGCUGAAGAUCAGCUAUCCGCAGACGCUGUUCCUGCUGCGCGGCAACCACGAGUGCCGGCAUCUGACCGAGUACUUCACCUUCAAGCAGGAGUGCAAGAUCAAGUACUCGGAGCGGGUGUACGACGCGUGCAUGGACGCGUUCGACUGCCUGCCGCUGGCGGCGCUGAUGAACCAGCAGUUCCUCUGCGUGCACGGCGGCCUCUCGCCGGAGAUCCACGAGCUGGAGGACAUCAGGCGGCUGGACAGGUUCAAGGAGCCGCCGGCCUUCGGGCCCAUGUGCGACCUGCUGUGGUCCGAUCCCCUGGAGGACUUUGGCAACGAGAAGAACUCGGACUUCUACACGCACAACUCGGUGCGCGGGUGCUCGUACUUCUACAGCUACGCCGCCUGCUGCGACUUCCUGCAGAACAACAACCUGCUGUCGAUCAUCCGGGCGCACGAGGCGCAGGACGCCGGCUACCGCAUGUACCGCAAGAGCCAGACCACCGGCUUCCCCUCGCUGAUCACCAUCUUCUCGGCGCCCAACUAUCUCGACGUGUACAACAACAAGGCGGCGGUGCUCAAGUACGAGAACAACGUGAUGAACAUCCGGCAGUUCAACUGCUCGCCCCACCCCUACUGGCUGCCCAACUUCAUGGACGUGUUCACCUGGUCGCUGCCGUUCGUCGGCGAGAAGGUCACCGAGAUGCUGGUCAACGUGCUGAACAUCUGCUCCGACGACGAGCUCAUGACCGAGGAGAGCGAGGAGCCGCUGUCCGACGACGAGGCGGCGCUGCGCAAGGAGGUCAUCCGCAACAAGAUCCGGGCCAUCGGCAAGAUGGCGCGCGUCUUCUCGGUGCUCCGCGAGGAGUCCGAGUCGGUCCUGCAGCUGAAGGGCCUGACGCCGACGGGCGCCCUGCCCUUGGGCGCCCUCUCCGGCGGCAAGCAGUCGCUCAAGAACGCGAUGCAGGGCUUCUCGCCCAACCACAAGAUCACCUCCUUCGCGGAGGCCAAGGGCCUGGACGCGGUCAACGAGCGGAUGCCGCCCCGGCGGGAUCAGCCGCCCACGCCCAGCGAGGAUCACCACAGCCAGCAGUCGGCCAGCGGCAACAAUGGGGCGGGCCAUGGAUAAGCUGUGCGAUCGGCCCCUCAUUGUCGACUGGAGGAGCAGUGGAGUGGAGUGCCGGCGACACAAAGAACACCAACCCAGGGGGGGAAGGGGGGUAAAGAAAACCUUAAUUAAGCUUAAAGUGGCAGAGCAACAACUUAAACCAAUACUAAACCGAUUCUAUUUCUAAGUAAACACAGCAGGCAAGUCUGCUCCAGCUCCCAGCGUCCGGGUGACGCAGCUACCAGCUUCCGGAUUCCAUAGUGCCCGGAUGGAUGGAUGCCCGGAUUCCGGAUCCCGAAGCACUAGAGAAGAUUUGUUUAAAAACGCAGGCGCGCGCUCGCACAUUGGAUAUUAGAAUUAUGUGUGUGCCGUGUGUGGCAUACUUUUUGGCGCGCCGGCCUCACCCCCCCCUCCCCAUCUCCAGAGGAAGAAAGUAAUUCCCUUUACUAAGAAAAUCCAGAUAAACCCCAUAACCUAGGCUAAGAUGUAAUGUAUAAACCGAAAAGUGGGCUAAAUAAUGAAAAAACGGAAGAAAAAAUGAACAAAAAACCGAAAAUCCCAAAAAAAAAAAAAAAUAAUUUUGAAAAAAAUAAUCCAAAUACUGGCGAGCAGGAGGAAGUAGGAAGCUAAUUUUGUUGAAAACACUUUUAGCGGCGCCCCUCGAGAAGCGUACAUAUAUACAUAUGAUUAUAUAGAAUUAUCGAAACUGAAUGGAAGGACGAUCCGUAGAGAUCCUUGAAAUGUAACCUUGCUAAAAAGAAGAAAAAUAUAUAAAAGUUUGAAACAAUUUGCAAUAUGUGCCGCAAUAGUCCGUAAAUGUUCCUUAUACGAAUUAAAUAUUGAAACAAGAGUUUAUUAUUAUUUUUUUUUUUUAUUAAAUAUAUAUAUAUAUAUAUGUAUAAUUGUUGCAUAAUCGAUCUUUGGAAUUAAUAUGUUACAUAUUAUGACUGUGUGUGCGCGAAAAUAAUUGCGUUUUAUCAUUUGCUUGGCUAACAGACAACCAUAAAAACAAAAAAAAAAAAAAACAAAUAAGAUUAAUUAAUUAAUGCAUUUUAAACAAAAAAAAAACAAAAGAAAGAAAAGAAAUCGAGACACACAGAGAGCGAGUUUACCAUUUAAAUAGCAAAUCAAAUAUUUACCUAAUAAACUACCAUGUAUACAUACAUAAAAUAACAUAUAUUAUAAUAUAUUCCUGCGUGUAAAUUGAACUUGAAUCAAUUAAUUUAACAAAAUCAAUAUUUUGCCCAUUCAAAAAACACGAUCUAAAAACACUAAUGAGAUUUAUGAGAAUUAUGAUGAAAAGCAAAUAUGAUGUAUUUAAGUAAGUAUAAGGCGAGGAACUGUGGAUUUCAGAGAUCAAUUCAAUGAUGGCAAUCAACUUUUCAAUAUUUACCCUUCGCCCUUCGUUGAAUGGUGUAUAGUUCGAGUUCUCCAGAUAUCCAGAAUAUCACUAUCGAAUCAAAAUAUAUAUAUAUAUGUUCACACACAUGCCUGCAAGAAAUGCCUUCAACCAGGACACUUAUCAAAGAAAAAUUAAGAGAAAUACACUUAAAUAUUUUAUAAUUAUACGAGAAUGCUGUACUUUGCUUCAACUCUGCAUUGAACACACACACACACCCCUAUAUAUAUAUAUAUUAUAUAUAAAAGAGUUGACAUUGGUAAACCAUUAGUUCUUAGUGAUCCUAUGCACGUAUCGUAAAGACAACCAACAACCAACCUACCAUUAAAAAUUAUUUAAAAUUGUAGCUAAAGGAAACAAAUCAAGACGGCGGUGGUACUGGAGGACUGGAGGUGUUGGGAAGGAACUUAGCUUUUAUACGAAACUAGAACAAGAUAAUGAAAUCGAUUUACUUAACUAAUUGACAAAACCAUCUAGAGAACUCAUAAAUGGAGACGUUUUUUUUAAUCGACAAGCCCCACAACUAUAUACUAUUAAUAAUGCCACGCGAGAUGGUAAAGCAGUGUUUAAUUUUUAAUGUUUCCGUUAAAAAAAAGAACAAUUGUUAAACAAAAAAUGAAAACUGUUGAACCGCAAAUAUUUAGUUAGUACUGAGUGAAGCUAAAAAAAUGAACCCUAGUCUCGAAUUGAAUAUAUAUAUAUAUAUUACAAUAGUCAAGAGAACACCAAAGAAGCAUCCACAAAUAUGGGAAAGUAUUAUAGACGAAGAACUCGCGCUUAGUUCCCUCAAAGAUAUAAAAAAAAAAUGAAAAAAGCUCUCUAACUAGACAAAAAUUAAGGAAUAUUUAAAUUAAUCUACGGGGGAAGUACAGAUUUUGAUAAUAUAUCAAGACCAGAGAUAUACCAACUUACGGAUCCAUUCGACAUUAAAAAUCUAUAUAUAUAUUAUGAUAAAAAAAAACAAACAAGCAGAAUCAAAAGAUGGUACGACAGACGGCAGCAUGGUACAUACAUACCUACAAAUAUAAGACAUUUCGCCUCUUAAAGCAAUUAUAAAGAUAACAAAAUGAGUAACGUUUAUUAUAUUAUUAAAUUAUACAUACAUAUACAUACUAUAUAAACGGAAUAAAAUAAAUCAGCAGCAAUCUUUCCAUUUUA